AUGAGUGGUUUACAUUUUAUUACGAAAGCUCAAUUCCAGGCGGUUUACGAUCACUUCAAACAAGUAGAAGAAGAUACUUAUGCAAGUAGAGAGGAACUUCACAUUGAAUACAGACUUCUGUUAGGGUAUUUCCAGUCAUUGUAUAAAGAAAAUGAGAGGAAAGGCAAUAAAAUCAUGCAACUGACAGCAGAAAUGAAAAAAUGCAAAGAAAAAUCGGAAGCAAUGGAGAAACAAAAGGAGAAAGAAGUGGAAGAUCUAAAACUAAAGUUGUCCGAAAUGAAUCGGAGUCUCGAACAUCAUCGAAAAGAAGAGGUGGUACUCGUUCGAUUAAUUGACGAACUGAAAGAAAAUAUUAACAAAUUGAAAGCUACGAAUAUUGCAAAGAAAUCGAAAUCUGAUACAUAUAUCAACAGAAGACCAACAGAUCCACCAAGAAAACGCACAAAUUUCAGAGAAAUUGCCGUCGGUUCAUCUAAAAGUUUGCAGUCAUCAAGAAGUAUUAUCCACGAAAAAAAUACGAAAAAAGAAGAAAUCGAGAGGAUAUCAAUGCCUAAAGAAAUCGAAUUCAUGAAGAGGAAAUAUGAAGAUGAAAUUGAAAGGUUGCAACAUCAAACCAAGGUCAUUUCGGUCGAAGCGAAACUGCUUCAUUCUGAAGCAGUUAGUUUACAGAAACGCAUUGAAAGCAAAGAUAAACGGUUUUCUGAGUACAAGCAGCAAUUAUCAAAAGAAAAAGAGUUAGAAAAACAAGAGAAAGAAAAUCUGCAGAUUAAGAACUCUUCUUUACAAAUGCUGAUAGACACUUUGGUAAAUGAUCUAAAAAUUCUUAAAGAUGAAAAACGACUUCUGAAAGACGAUAUAAAGAAUGCCAUGGAAGAGCGUCACGCUUUGCUUCUUCAAAUCCAGGAAAAAAAUAUGUAUAUUGAAAAGUUAAAGAGCAACCUCGAUGCUUCAAUAAAAAGUAAGGAGAUUGUCAUCAAAAGAGCAGACAUGUUCGAAAAAAACUUGACCAUGGACAGGGAUCAGUUGGGAACAGCUAAGAAAGACGUUGAUGUUCUCAGUCAAACGAUAAAUAAACUUCGAACUGACUUAACUGAAAGAGAAACUCAACUGAAUCAACAAGAAUCUCAGCGCAAGCGUCUGGAAGCAUCACAGAAGAGUGAGAUGUUAGAACAGACCAAACUAAUAGAAUACUAUAAAAAUCAGGUGGCCAAUCGCGAUAAAAGAAUUAAAUCAUUAACGAUAGAUUUGGAACAAACCAAUGAAAAAUUGGCUUCUUGCAGGCGUCAAUUACGAAACAAAAAGAGAGAGAACGCGAUUUUAUCUGAAGAAUUUCAAAAUUGGAAAAGAAGUCUGGGAAUCAACACCGAGAACAUGAAAUCGUUGAAAAUGAAACUCGACAGCGCUGAAACUUCUAAAUCCGAGUUGCAGAAUGAACUUAAAUUCACAAAAAGUCAGUAUUUUUCAGUGCUUAAAGAACGUAAUAAAUUAUUAGCACAGUGUAAGAAGCUCGAUUCUGUCAUUGAAUAUCACGAAAUGGAAAAUGAUUUGCUAAAUAAUCGACAAGGCUACCUCCAGAACGAUUUGAAAAGGAAAGAUGCCCAAAUUAAAAAGAUAGCAAAACUUCGGAGAUUAGUUUGGACUAAGCAAUGA